GCUUAGCUUAGCUUAAUCUUUAUGUCAACAAACUAGAAAAAAUUGAAAAUUAAUUACAAUUUAUUGUGAUGUGCAUGCAGAAUUAAAUUUCUGUGACUACUUGUGCCAGUUUAGUGUCUUUUGGAAACCGGGCAUUUAUUAAUUGAUUGUUUUGUACUGGUUCUAUUAUUGAAAAUGACGUAAACUUAAGGGUUAGGUUUGUGUUAGGUUACCUUCAAUUUACUUUGGCCAAUGCCUACACAUUGUUGAGUGUUUUUAUAAUAAGCAGUGCGCGUUUAUUACCAAUUUAGCAUAUCUCCGAGGUAACUAAACCCGUUGCAAUGCAUAAUUUUGUUUGCAUAUUCGUUGUUGCAACCAUAGUACACUUAGCCACAUCCAGGGCUACGGAUUUUCAGCCUAUAUUAACUCAAAUCUCCGCUGGCAUCAACGAUUGCAAUAAAAGUGAGCUAUUAGGGGGUUUUGACCUUAAAAGUGUUCCACAGUUUAAUGCCCUAUGUAAUAUACCUGUACCAGACAUAGAACAAUCAGAAUUCUUAAUAGAAAACAAUGUUGUUCCGAUUUUGUGCAUGGGACUAAUGGAUGUGUCUUUAAGGUUGUGUAAAUCAGCAAAGAAUGACGUUUCUCCUUUUGAAGAUAUUUUCCCACCCACUCCCAUGAAAUUUAGGAAAAUAUUUGAUGGGCUAAGCAAAUCAAAUGACUUUUCAUCCUUGGACGAAUUUUGCUCCACCACGGUGAAAAAGUUUGCAAUCCAAGAAGCUGUGAGUAAUGAAACUGAACUUUGGUGGCAAGUGCUCAAUAGGCGAUUCGGUGAUCCAACAACAUGUUCUAAUAUUUGUCACUCAAAUGAAAAAAAUAAAGUCCAUCCACUUUGUUCAUACAUCUUGUGGUCUAAUGGAGUCUAUGUAAAUUAUAUGAAAAAUCAAGAGCUUACAACUGUGGGAGAUGUAAAAAAAUCCACCACCAUUGAAAAAGUCGAAGAGCCAAUAAACCACAAAGUAAAACCUGACCAAGCCAUUAGCGUCAAAAGCGAUCUGUCAACAAAACCUUCAGAACCAGUUGUCGGCUCUGACGUGGCUCUUUCAACUGAUGAAAAAGCCCAGAUCAAGGAGUCAGUAGUGGGCACAGACAAUAACAAUGUUGGAGUAGGAACUGUAGAACAGUUGGUGAAUAAAGGAGACGAAGCACCUACCAAAACGGCGGAAAACGAAGCAAACGGUUCAGGAAUUAUGGACAAAGAGAAUAAAGACAAACUAAAAAUUGAACCUACCAAGGAUACUGCAACAAAUUCUAACCCUGUAGUAGGGUUGAAUGCUACUGAAGGUUCCAGCAUUAAAGUGAAGACAGUUUCAUCAGCUGGUCAAGCUAAAGAUGUUCCCAAAGUAGAUGCUGGUGCCGAUGCCAUGCCACCUAGUGUUUCUGGCCCUCAAGAAGUUGUUCCUCCUGGCAAGGCAGAAGGGAUGGUUGAGGGAGAUUUCAGCCUUGAAGUAACACCGGAGGGAGUUGGACUUGAUCAACCAAUAGCAGCUGACAAAGACUUCCAGCCUCCAUAUUCAGACGAGGAGGGAGAAGAUGGUGAUGGAGAUGAUGUGGACAUUGUCGAGGCCAACGCACAAGCGACAACCAACAACAAUAGCAGCAGCCCUGCGGGAAGCAAGCUGACCAACAGCGGCAUUGCAACUAGCAUUCAGCACGGACCUCUGGAAGGAGACAAAGUUUACGGAGAAGGAGAAAUACUCAUUGAAGACCAUUUCAUUGAGGCUGAAGACUCUCACUUUUUCACCUACUUUCUGUGUAUGGCUGUGCUGACCAUCAUGGCUUAUCUGGCUUUCCACAACAAGAAAAAGCUGAUAGCACUGGCAGUUGAAGGUCGAAGGACCAAAGGCGGACGACGAAGACCAAACAGCUCUCACUACAGCAAGCUGGACUGCAACCUUGAGGAGGCGUUGGUCAGCAACACCACAGCCUCCGUUACACACGUCCUGUAUUGAGGACCAAACUAAUGUAGAUUAGACAUCGCUACUGCAUGAAACUUGGUAGUUAAAUCAGUUUUCUACAAAGUAGUUGAACUCUGUUUAAUUGUCUAGAAGAGAAAUCGUCUCUGACUCUUUGUGUGAUUUUUAUGAGGAAUUCACUAAGUGAAUUUCGUUUUACGAUUAUCAGGGUUAUGUAGAACUUAAGGAAUUGUUGACUAUCUGGUUUUCUUCGUUAUGAAUUCUAUGUGAAAAGACGCAUGUUUUAACUAAUCAACUCUAAUUGUUGCGCAGAGAUAUAAUUUCACAUUGGCUUUAAUUUAAACCAAAAGCACUUUAGGCUAUGAAAAUGGCCAGAUAAAAGUUGACUCUGUGUUAAAUGUUGAAGAAUUAAAAAAACAGUAAAUGUCUACAAUAACAUUUUUUCACAAUCAUCUCUAAACACAAUGCUUGUUUAUUUUGAACAAUAAAACUUUACUUUUUUAGCCUGUGACUUAUGAAUCUCUAGGGGAAAUUAUUAGGGAUUUUGUUUGGACGAGUUUCCUGAAAUUGGUAAAAACUCGUAUGCUUCAUGGUAGUUUAGUAGUCUCAAACUCUAUUUCAAGCAUAAAUUAUUGAUUUUUGUAGCUACUGGAGUUACAGACAGUUUCAUGACAUUAUUGUAAGACUCACGCUUUUAUAUCUAUUGUAAAAAUGCCGGGUGUCUGAAUCUUCUUUACCCUCAAAACUUUGUAACCAUGUCCGUCCCAUCUACAGGUAGUUUCCAUUUCAAGACCCAUAUUUUUAUAUGCUUAUAAUUCCUUUCUCUCUAAUACAAUAAAAUAUGCAAUAAAACUUUGUUCGAUUGUUGGUAUUUUAUGGAUGAAAUAAACUACGUCUGGAUAAUUUAUUUUAAUUUUUUUUGUUUACUUUGCUUAGCUAGUCUUUAGUUCCUGUUUAACCAAGGGCAUUGGUUUGUGUCAUAAAUUGAUAAUGUUAUUACAUAUUUUUGUAUUUAUAUUUAUUUAGAUUGUGAUGUUUAUUUAUUUGUAUCUACCACAUAUAUUUUGUGGCAAAGAAUUUUUUAUUGUAAUUCUAAUGACUUGUUUACAGUUUGCGGUUUAUAGUGGGCGCGGACUUGACAGUGGGUGUGUUUAUAGUGGUAUGUGGCUAAGCCGCUGAUAGCUUAGUAUGUGUAUAUUAUGUUGAGAUGUUGUAUUUAUGAUGUCGGUCUUUGAACUUGGAAAUGUCCAAAUAUCAAUCAAACGUUUCUAUCGGUCGAACACUUUAUUUGAGUGUUUGCUAUCAAUAAAGUAUUAUUUAGGA